CAUUGCGGAGUCAGAUUUUUGGGGGGCAUGAAGCCAAGCCCCACUCGAGACCCUACAUGGCUUACUUGAGGGAUCCCGAGGACUGGUUCUGUGGCGGAUUCCUGGUGGCACCCCAGUGGGUAAUGACGGCUGCACACUGCAAUCGCAACUAUAGGGUCACCUUGGGGGCACAUAAUAUCUACAUUAAAGAACCAUUUCAGCAAGUGUUCAGCGUUGCGGGAAACUACGUACACUCGAAAUAUAAACACUAUUACAAAAAUAAUGAACUCAUCAUAUACAACGAUAUCCGUCUGCUCAAGCUGAAUUCAAAGGCUACUCUGGGUAAAUACGUCAAGAUCCUGCGCUUGCCCACAUUCAACCGUGACCUCUCCCAUGGGACCCCCUGCAGCGUGGCAGGAUGGGGCCCGGUUUACAAAGACUGGUUACCACACACACUCUAUGAGACCAAUGUCAUCAUCUAUGACCGUUGGGCAUGUGGGAAACUGCAUCAUAACAUCGAUGGUGGGAAGGUCUGUGCUGGGAGCCCCUACAAGCCGAUGACUAUUUUGCCGGGUGACUCAGGUGGCCCCUUGGUGUGCAAUGAUGUGGCACAAGGAAUCGCCUCGUAUUUCAAUCCCUCGCACCCUCCAGCAGUUUACACUCGUGUUGCCCACUACCUUGAUUGGAUCCAGGAAACCAUGCAGAAGCACUCGCAGUAA